AAGAAAUCAAUUGGUUUACACUUGCUCGUGAAAAAAUAUUGGAUAUUGGAUAGGAAUGCAAAUACAAAUCUAGCGCGAUCUUGAACUAGUUACUAUUUACCACCGAUUGCUUGCUCUCGGUUUUGUUAUCUAGCAGAAAGUUAAUACUUUGCGAUGCCUGAUAACCGAUCAACUUAUCCGAAUUUCUAUGAGGAACUUUAUCCAUUGGAUCGUUCGAUAUCGUUUAUUAGUCCUCAUAUAAAUCAUCAGUCAGUAAUAUACGAUCCUGAAACUGGUGCACGAAAAUGCCCAAUUGUUCCUAAGUUCACUGACAAAGAUCGGGUAAAAACAGUCAAAGACAUUUUUGAAUAUGGCUUAAAGGCUUCGGAUACAGGGACUAAUGUGUGUUUUGGAAAACGGCCUUCUUUCAGCUCUCCAGUCUCGUGGUUAACUUAUGCGGAAGUGGAUAAGAGAGUUAAAGCUAUCGGGUCAUCGCUGUCAAGACUUCGGACACUUGAAAAUGAUCGUGAAAAGUUUGUCGGGAUUUAUGGACCAAACUCACCAGAGUGGGUUAUUACGCAAUAUGCUUGUGCUUCAUAUUCUUUUGUCAUCGUACCAUUGUAUCCGACGCUCGGUGAUGAAGCUGUACAACAUAUCCUAACUCAAACAAACAUGAAAUGUAUACUGUGUGCUUCAGGGAAUGAAGCUAUUUAUUUAAUGGACAAGUUUAAAUCUUCUCUUGAAACUUUUAUCAUUAUUUCAAAUGAUUCUAAAUUUGAAGAAUUUAAAUCUAAAUAUGGUUCAAAAGUUUCAGUUUACUUGUUUGAAGAAUUCAUGAAAAAGGGGAUGAAUGAACCUUUACCGAAAAAAACUCCAUUACCAACAGACCUUUAUAUGAUCGCCUACACUAGUGGAAGUACUGGCUUACCCAAAGGAGUUCUAGUUAGUCAUGGAGAGGUUGCAUAUUGCACGAUUUCGCUUCUUGAAACUUCCGAAUUCAAGCUAGUCAGUUCUAACGCAGUACAUUUUUCAUAUCUCCCACUACCACAUAGUAUGGAACAAAUAGCGUUGUCUGCUCAUAUUAUGAUGGGAGGUAGUGCAGGAUUUCUGACUCAAACUGUUGAUAAUCUAAUAGAUGAUGCUCAAGUUUUGAGACCAACCUCAUUAGUGAUGGUUCCACGUGUACUGUCUCGUUUGUACACAAAAUAUCAACAAGCAUUGGGUGAUUCUAUGGUGAAACAGCGACUUUACAAUCACAUUGUGAAACGAAAAUUGGCUGAGCAAAAGCGUGGAAAAUUCUAUCAUAAAAGCAUUGUGGACACAAUGUUGUUUGGUAAACUUAGAAAGAAACUUGGCGGACGUGUGUGUUGCAUAGUUACUGGUGGCGCUCCAAUAUCACUAGAACUUGAGAAGUUUGCACAUGCUCUAUUUGGCAUGGUUUUUCAAGGGUAUGGAUCAACUGAAUCACUGGCAUGUAUCACCUUAUCACGGGUUGGCGAGUACCGUUUAGGUACUGUCGGUGGGAUCGGUUAUGGUAUGAAAGUGAAACUUGUUGAUGUCCCCGAACUGGGUUUGAUCGUAUCACGUGAUAGAAGGGGCGAAAUAUGUUGUAAGGGUAAACAUUGCACCAAAGGUUAUUACAAGGAUCCGGUAAAAACUGCUGAACUUAUAGAUAAUGAUGGUUGGCUUCAUACAGGGGAUAUUGGUGAAUGGAUGCCAGUAAGUUUGAAAAUACUUUCUGAUAUACAUUUAUCCGUUUAUUUAUUCAUUAAUAUCACUCAGUGUUAUUGA